GGCUCCUCGACUUCUAUCCAACGAUCCUGUCAAUUUCGUUUCAGAUCUUUUGAGAGCUGUCCCAGCCCCUUUGCAACCAUGCAGGUCGAAGUUAACCCCAACGAGGACACUGAGUGGAACGACAUUCUCCGCAAGCAUGGCAUUAUCCCCGAAAAGCCACAAGAUCCCGAACCUCUCAUCCAAGAAGCUUUGGUCGAGGCAGAGCGCAAAGCAUAUGAGAACCGGCUAGAAGAUAAGGAUUUAGAUGAGCUAGACGCUCUGGAGGACGAGGAAGACGAGGCAUUUCUGGAACACUACCGCCAGAAACGAUUUGCUGAACUAUCUACACUCCAACAGACUAGCGUCCACAACCAAGUAUACCCCCUACAAAAGGUCGACUAUGGGCGUGAGGUGACUGAAGCCUCGAACAAUUGCUUUGUGCUGGUUCACCUGAGCUCUUCGAGCGCCAAUGUCGAAUCCCAACGGCUAACAGAGCUAUGGCGGCAACUGGCGGCGAAGUUUGGUGACAUAAAGUUCUGCGAGAUCCGAGGCAAUAUGUGCAUCGAAGGAUAUCCGGAAAGGAACACCCCUACGAUCUUGGUUUACAGAAAUGGUGAAAUUGUGAGACAACUCGUAACUUUGAGAGAGCUGAAAGGGCCGAGGACCACAGUUGAAGAUCUCGAGAAAAUGCUCCUGGAAUUGGGUGCCGUCAAAGAAAGCGAUGUUCGUCUGAAGAAGAGAUCGGACUCGUCGGACGAUGAACGCCCAUCUAAAAUCAAGUCCUCCAAACCCACCGUGGAGGACGAUGACGACGACUGGGAUUAGGUGGAGUGUUCGGUAAAUAUAAAUCCUAAAAUAUGCAAGGUCGUGGCCGUUUCCGUAUGCGUGACUGCACACAAUGAGCCCUUGUACAGGACGAACACGAAUUUACAUCUCUGCCGACAUGUACACGGUAAAUAGCCAGUUGCCACUCUAUAGUUCAUUCAGGUUCGAGCUGUACUGCCUGGCAGAGGGUUGAUUCUACUAACCACCCCGAAUCUCUACAUCCUGGCAUGACAUGUAGAGGUCCAUGUGGUCCCUUCUCUGACCACAUACUCACAUGAGGAUUUAGUAUGUUGAGAGUUGUUCGCGUUCAUUGACGCAGGUGUGUUGACAACCCAUAUCUUUUCUCUGUAUUAUAGCGAUAAUAGCCAACAUCAUGG